AUGAAAUUUAAUGCAAGUUAUUUCUAUCGAUGGAAAGAUGGUUCAUGUAUUGAAGUAGGUCCAGUUAAAUAUGAUAAAUCAACAGUUGCAACCCAUGCGGUAAAUGGUCAUGGAGGUUUAGAUUUCGAUACAUCAUCAGGAAUAGUACCUGUUGGUGCAAAAACAACAAUAACAACAUCAUCAUCAAGUCAAGAAGCUCAACAUAUAUUUUCAUUUUAUGAUGAUAUUCGAUAUAUUCCCGAAAUACAUGAAAUGGCUACAGCAACACAAGGUGUUGUAGUAAAUACAAUUAAUAAUCUGAAGAAAUUUUUACUUAAAUUUCGUAACUUUAAACAUUUAUGGCGUACAGAUAAAUUGGCAGUCUGUGAAAAAUUCUUUGCUAAAAAUCCAUCAUUAGGUGUGUUUGAUGAAGAAGUAAAUAAAUAUCAAAAAAAUCUUGAUGAAUUGAAUGCAAUGGUUCGUUCAAAAGAGUUUGAAUUUGUACAAUUAAAUCUUACAUCAUUUUUAAAUGAUUUAAUUGGACAUGCAAAAGAAACUAUACAUAUGUUUAGUAAAUUUCUUGCUGAUGAUGCUAAAGCACGAUUAUUUGAAUUACGUGAUAAACUUGAUGAAUAUGAAAAUAAUAUUAAACGAACAACUGAUACACUUGAAGAUUUAAAAUUUGUAUUACGAACUAUUGCUGAAAUUCAAAAUCAAUCUGAUGUUAUUGAAACUAAAAUUAAUGACGUCAAAGAUAAAUAUAAUCUAUUAGAAAGUUAUAAUCAAAAGACAACUGAAGAAGAAACUUUAAUUCUUAGUUCACUUAAUCGUCGUUGGAGUGAAAUAUCUCUUAAUUCUAAACAUCGUGAUGUUAACUUAAAACGUGUUAAAAGUCGUUUUACUGAAAUAACUCUUAUUCAACUUGAUCGUUUAAGAAAAUCUAUUGCUGCAUUUGCUGAUAAAUUUGCUCGAUAUGGUCCAGGUUCAAUAAAAAAUGCUGAUGAAUUACCACAAGGUUUAAAAUUAAUGAGAACCUAUCGUGAUGAAUUAACUAGACUUGAAGUUGAUAAACAAGAAUUAACAAAUGCUGAAAAAUUAUUUAAUUUACCUAUAUCAUCAUAUCCUGAAUUAUAUAUUAUACAAAAAGAAAUGAAAAAUUUAGAAAAACUUUAUCUAUUAUAUGAACAACAAUUAAAAGCACGUGUCCAAUGGUCUGAAGCAUUAUGGCGUGAUUUAGAUGUACAAUUAUUAAUUGAUGGUAUUGAAAAUUUUAUAAAAGAAUUAAAAAAAAUGCCACGCGAAAUAAAAGGAAUGUCAUUAGCAAAAUUAAUUGAAUUAAAUAUGAAAGAAUUUCGUGAAUCAUUACCCUUAAUGUUAGACUUGAAAAAUGAAGCAUUACGUGAACGUCAUUGGCGUAUGCUUAUGAAAGAAACAAAUAUUGAAUUUGAUAUGAAUCCAGAAUCAUUUACAUUAGAAAAUUUAUUUCAAAUGAAUUUACAACGUUUUAAUGAUACUAUACAAAAUAUUGUUACAUCAGCUACGAAAGAACUUCAAAUUGAAAAAGGUGUACGAGAAGUUGUUGAUGCAUGGGAUAAAAUGAAAUUUAGUGUUAUUAAAUAUGUUAAAGGAAAUCAAGAUCGUGGUUUUGUACUAGGAGCUUGUGAUGAAGUUUUACAAGCAUUAGAUGAUCAUACAAUGGCAUUACAAAGCAUGGCUGGUUCGAGAUUUAUUGGACCAUUUUUAUCAACUGUACAACAAUGGGAAAAAAGUUUAUCAUUAAUUGCUGAAGUCAUUGAAUUAUGGAUCAAUGUACAACGUAAAUGGAUGUAUCUUGAAGGUAUUUUCGUAAGUGGUGAUAUCCGUUCUCAAUUACCUGAAGAAGCAAAAAAAUUUGAUGAAAAAAAUAAAUUAUUUAAAACAAUUAUGACUGAUACAUAUCGUGAUCCAUUAAUAAAAAAACAAUGUCAUAUACCAAGUCGUUUAGCAGAUCUUGAAUCAAUAUUUGUUGGUCUUGAACGUUGUCAAAAAAGUUUAAAUGAUUAUCUUGAUUCAAAACGUAAUGCAUUUCCAAGAUUUUUCUUUAUAUCUGAUGAUGAACUUUUAUCAAUACUUGGUUCAGCUGAACCAUCAGCUAUACAAGAACAUAUGAUUAAAAUGUUUGAUAAUGUAGCUAGUUUACGUUUAAUUAAAGUUAGUGAUACAAUAACUCAAGCACAAGCAAUGAUAUCAGCUGAAAAAGAAGAAAUGCAAUUUAAACAAAGUGUUAUUACUGAAGGACGAGUUGAAGAUUGGAUGACGAAAGUUCUUGAAGAAAUGAGACGAACUAAUAAAACAAUUACAAAAGAAGCUGUUUAUUAUUAUCGUUUUCGAAAAACACGUAUUGGUUGGAUGUAUAAUUAUCAAGGAAUGGUUGUUUUAGCUGCUAAUCAAAUAUGGUGGAGUUGGGAAGUUGAAGAUACUUUUAAUAAAGUUGCCAAAGGUCAAAAAAUGGGUAUGAAAAACUAUGCUAAACAACUCAAUGCUCAAAUUGAAGAAGUUGUUACUGAAAUUCGAAAUCCAUUAGCUAGCAAUGAUCGAAAAAAAUUUAAUACUGUACUUAUUAUUGAUGUACAUGCAAAGGAUAUUAUUGAUAAGUUUGUAAGGGAUAGUAUAUUGGAUGCACGUGAAUUUGAAUGGGAAAGUCAAUUGAGAUUCUAUUGGACUAAUGAACCAGAUGAAUUAAUGAUUCGGCAAUGUACUGGUGAAUUUGGUUAUGGUUAUGAAUAUAUGGGUUUAAAUGGUCGUUUAGUUAUAACUCCACUUACAGAUCGAAUUUAUUUAACAAUUACACAAGCUUUGUCAAUGUAUCUUGGUUGUGCACCAGCUGGUCCUGCCGGUACGGGUAAAACAGAAUCAGUUAAAGAUUUAGCAAAAGCCCUUGGUCUUCUUUGUGUGGUAACAAAUUGUGGUGAAGGCAUGGAUAGUUUAGCUAUUGGUAAAAAUUUAAAUGGUUUAUGUCAAAGUGGUGCAUGGGGAUGUUUUGAUGAAUUUAAUCGAAUUGAUGCAUCUGUAUUAUCAGUUAUAUCAUCACAAUUAAAAACAAUUCAACAAGGUCUUAUUGGUAAAGUAAAACGCUUCGUAUUUGAAGGUACUGAAAUUGGUCUUGAUUCACGUGUUGGAACAUUUAUUACAAUGAAUCCUGGUUAUGCUGGACGAACUGAAUUACCAGAAUCAAUUAAAGCUUUAUUUCGUCCUGUUGUUGUUAUUGUACCUGAUUUACAACAAAUUUGUGAAAUUAUGCUUUUCUCUGAAGGAUUUUCUUUAGCAAAAAUGUUAGCUAAGAAAAUGGUUGUUUUAUAUAAAUUAUCUCGUGAACAAUUAUCUAAACAAUAUCAUUAUGAUUUUGGACUUCGAGCUUUAAAAUCAGUUUUAGUUAUGGCUGGAGAAUUAAAACGAAAUUCGUCAGAAUUACCAGAAGAUAUUGUAUUAAUGCGUGCUUUACGUGAUAUGAAUAUGCCGAAAUUUGUUUAUGAAGAUGUACCAUUAUUUCAAGGAUUAAUUACUGAUCUAUUUCCGGGUUUGAAAUGUGAUCGUGUUACAUAUCCAACAUUUGAUAAAGCUGUACGAGAAUCAAUUGCUCAUAUGAAUAAUGUUGUUGAUGAAGUACAAGUUGAUAAAGUUGUACAAUUAUAUGAAACAAUGAUGACACGACAUUCAACUAUGGUUGUUGGACCAACUGGAGGUGGAAAAUCAACAGUUAUUAGUACUUUAGUUCAAGCACAAACUAGAAUGGGUUUACCAACAAAAGUUUAUACAUUAAAUCCGAAAGCAUGUUCAGUUAUUGAAUUAUACGGUUUUCUGGAUACAGCAACUCGUGAUUGGACUGAUGGUUUAUUAUCAAAUAUAUUUCGUGAAAUUAAUAAACCAACCGAUAAAAAAGAACGUCGAUAUAUUCUAUAUGAUGGUGAUGUUGAUGCACUUUGGAUUGAAAAUAUGAAUUCCGUUAUGGAUGAUAAUAAACUUUUAACAUUAGCUAAUGGUGAACGUGUUCGUUUACAAUCACAUUGUGCUAUGUUAUUUGAAGUUGGUGAUCUCCAAUAUGCUAGUCCAGCUACUGUUUCACGUUGUGGAAUGGUUUUUGUUGAUCCGAAAGAUUUGAAAUAUCGUCCAUUCUGGACACGUUGGUGUAACUUACGUGAUAAAAAAGAAGAACAAAAAUGUCUUAGUCAUUUAUUCGAUAAAUUUGUUCCAUCAUUAAUUACAUCAAUCUUAGAAGAUACUAUCGAUGGUAAACAAGGUGAAAAAAAACAAAUUAUUCCAUUAACAAAUUUAAAUAUGACAAGUCAAUUAUGUUAUAUGCUUGAAAGUCUUCUUCAACCAUAUGAAAAUAUAAGUGAUGCACUUGACGAUACUAUUUAUACAUGUUAUUUUCUUCAAGCACUUUAUUGGUCACUUGGUGCUGGUUUAACAGAACAAGCACGUGUUGCAUUUGAUGCACAAGUUAAAUCUCUUGCUUCAAUGAGUUCAGUUGAUGAAGGAUCUGAUGGAACUGCAAAAUUUGAUGAACUACCAACACAUGAAGCAACAUUAUUUGAAUAUUAUUUCGAUGCUUCAAAAGAAUGUUGGAUAUCAUGGAAAAGACUUGUACCACAAUAUGUACAUAAUCCUGAAAGAAAAUUUUAUGAAAUAUUAGUUCCAACAAUUGAUACAUGUCGAAGUGAUUGGUUACUUCAAUUAUGUUAUCGUAUAAAAAGACCAGUUUUAUUUGUUGGUGAAUCGGGUACAUCAAAAACAGCAACGAUUUAUUCAUUUUUAAGAAAAUUAAAUUCAGACCAAAAUCUUUUACUAAAUAUAAACUUUUCAUCACGUACAUCAUCAAUAGAUGUUCAAAGAAAUUUAGAAUCAAAUGUUGAAAAACGAACUAAAGAUACAUUUGGACCACCACCAGGAAAAAAAUUAGUUGUAUUUAUUGAUGAUUUAAAUAUGCCAAAAGUUGAUACAUAUGGUACACAACAACCAAUAGCACUUUUGAAACUAUUACUUGAAAAAGGUGGAAUGUAUGAUCGAGGAAAAGAUUUAAAUUGGAAGAAAUAUCAAGAUAUGAUAUUUGUUGCUGCUAUGGGCAAACCUGGUGGUGGAAGAAAUGAUGUUGAUCCAAGAUUUAUUUCAUUAUUUAAUGUAUUCAAUAUAACAUUUCCAUCUGAAGAAUCACUAUUUCUUAUUUAUAAUUCAAUUCUUGAAGGACAUUUACAAACAUUUAGUAAAGAGGUACAAGAUGUUGCACCAAUAUUAACUCGAUUAACAAUGGAACUUUAUCAUUCAAUUCUUGAUGCACUUCCACCAACACCAUCAAAAUUUCAUUAUAUAUUUAAUCUUCGAGAUUUAAGUCGAAUAUUUAAUGGCUUAGUUUCAACAACACCUGAACGUUUUCAAACAGCUGCUCAAAUGACACGAGUUUGGCGUAACGAAUGUUUACGCGUACUUUAUGAUCGUUUAAUUGAUAUAACAGAUCGAAAAUUUAUUGAUGAAAAAUUAGUAAGUUUAAUCAAUGAUCAACCAACAUUAAAACCUCAUAGUGAAGUUAUAUUUCGUCAACCAUCACUUUUUGGUGAUUAUCGAACGGCACUUGAUGUUGGUGAAGCUAAAAUUUAUGAAGAUAUUCAAGAUUAUGAUGCAGCUAAAGCAUUAUUUGACGAAAUUCUUCAAGAAUAUAAUGAGCAAUAUACUCGUAUGAAUUUAGUUCUAUUUGAAGAUGCACUUGAACAUUUAACACGAAUUCAUCGUGUAAUACGUAUGGAUAAAGGAAAUGCAUUAUUAGUUGGUGUUGGUGGUAGUGGAAAAGCUUCAUUAACACGUUUAGCAACAUUUUCAGCUGGUUGUGAAAUAUUUGAAAUAAAACUUAGUCGUGGUUAUAGUGAAACACAUUUUCGUGAAGAUUUAAAAAUUCUUUAUAAUAAACUUGGUAUAGAAAAUAAGAAAAUUGUUUUUAUGUUUGGUGAUCAACAUGUUGCUGAAGAAGGAUUUCUGGAAUUAAUUAAUAAUAUGUUAACAACUGGUAUGGUACCUGCACUAUUUGCUGAUGAAGAACGGGAAGCUAUUAUUGGAAAUAUUCGAGAUGAAGCUAUGAAAAAUGGUGCUAGUCCAGCUAAGGAAAGUAUUUGGCAAUAUUUUGUUACAAAAUGUUCGAUUAAUUUACAUGUGGUUUUAUGCAUGUCGCCAACAGGUGAUACCUUACGUACACGUUGUCGAAACUUUCCAGGUUUGAUUAAUAAUGCUAUAAUUGAUUGGUUUCUUCCUUGGCCUGAACAAGCUCUUUAUGCUGUAUCAACUUCAUUAUUAUCUGAAGAUAAUGAAUUUAUUCCCAAACAACAUCGUCAAGCUAUUGUAACACAUAUGGUUAUGGUUCAUCAAUCUGUCGAACAUUAUAGUGAACAAUUUGCUAAGAAACUUCGUCGUCAUAAUUUUACAACACCAAAAAAUUAUCUCGAUUUUAUUUCAACAUAUUUAAAAUUAUUAGAACGAAAAAAUAAAGAAAAUUUAGCACAACAACAACGUCUUGCUGGUGGUUUAGAAAAAAUAGAUGAAGCACAAGUUGAAUUAAAAGAACUUGAUGCACGUUUACAAGUACAACGAAAAGAAGUAUUAAAACGUUCUGAAGAAUGUCAAAAAUUACUUGCUGUAAUAGCUGAAAAAACAGCAUCAGCACGUGAAAUGGAAGGUGAAGCAAUUGAAAAGAAAAAACAACUUGAUGUUAAACAAGCUGAAAUUAGUGUGAAAAAAGGAGAAGCUGAUAUUGAAUUAGCUGCUGCUUUACCAGCAUUAGAAGAAGCUCGAAAAGCUGUUAAAGAAAUAACAAAUAAUCAAGUAGCAGAAAUUCGAGGUUUUAAACAACCAGCUGUUCCUGUAGCUACUGUUUGUCGUUCAGUUCUUGCUAUUUUACGACCACAAAGUGCUGAUACAUGGGCUGAAUGUCAAGCAAUGAUGGCUGAUGUUGGAUUUUUAAAACUAUUACUUGAAGUUCCUAUUGAAAAAUUAUCACAAUCAACGGAAAGAAAAUUACGUACAGUACUUGAAAUGCUUGAAGAGAAUCUUUUAAAAGAAGUUAAUAAUGUUAUACCAGAUCCUGAUAAGAAAAAUGAAUAUUUAAUUGAAUUAAUGAAAAAGAAAUCACAAGCUGGUGCUGGAAUGCUUAAAUAUUCAUUGAAUGUUUUAAAUUGUGUUCGAGUUUAUCGUGUUGUUAAACCCAAAUCUGAUUUAGUCAUAAGAUUACAAGCAGAAGCAAAACGAGCAACAGAUGAAUUAAAUAGUACUCAACAACAAAUUAGUGAUUUACAAAAAACAUUAGCAGAUUUAAAUAAAACUUAUGAAGAAGCUAUGGAGAAAAAACGAGUUAUUGAAGAAGAAACAGCAAUUAUGGAAAGACGAAAAAUUGCUGCUGACAAACUUAUUUCUGGUUUAUCAUCUGAAAAACAACGUUGGAAUAAUGACUUAGAAGAAUUAAAACAUAAAUUACGUCGUUUACUUGGUGAUACAUUAAUAUGUUCAUCAUUUCUUGCAUAUGUUGGUGCAUUUACAUUUGAAUUUCGUCAUGAAUUAUUACGUGAAUUAUGGGAAAAAGAUUUAUUAGAAAAAGAAGUUCCAUUAUCUCAACCAAUACGUUUAGAUGAAUUAUUAACAAGUGAUGUUGAAAUAUCGAAAUGGUCAAGUGAAGGUUUACCACCUGAUGAAUUAUCUGUACAAAAUGGUAUAUUAACAACACAAUCAAGUCGUUUUCCAUAUUGUAUUGAUCCUCAACAACAAGCAUUAAAAUGGAUAAAAAAACGUGAAGAAAAAAAUAAUUUAAAAAUUUUAACAUUUCAUGAUAGUGACUUUUUAAAACAUUUGGAAAUGUCAAUUAAAUAUGGUUUUCCACUAUUAUUUCAAGAUUGUGAUGAAUAUAUUGAUCCUGUUAUUGAUAAUGUUUUAGAAAAGAAUGUUCGAGGUGUUGAAGGACGACAAUUUGUUGUUCUAGGUGAUAAAGAAGUUGAUUAUGAUCCAUCAUUUCGUCUUUAUUUAACAUCUAAAUUACCAAAUCCACGUUUAACACCAGCACAUUUUGGAAAAUCAAUGGUUAUUAAUUAUACAGUUACAUUAAAAGGUCUUGAAGAUCAAUUACUUGCUGUUAUUGUUAAAAAUGAACGACGAGAAUUAGAAGAACAACGUGAACGUCUUAUACAAGAAAUGUCAAUAAAUAAAAAAUUAUUAAAAGAUCUUGAAGAUGCACUUUUACGUGAAUUAUCUACUUCAACCGGUAAUAUGUUAGAUAAUGUUGAAUUAAUAUCAACAUUAGAUGAAACGAAAUCCAAAGCUGAUGAAGUUAAUGAAAAACUACGUUUGGCAUCAAAAACAUCAAAAGAUAUUGAAAAACUUCGUGAUGGUUAUCGUCCAGCUGCUAAGCGUGGUGCUAUUCUAUUUUUUGUUCUCUCAGAAAUGUCUCUUAUUAAUACAAUGUACCAAUAUUCAUUAACAAGUUAUCUUGAUGUAUUUGAAUUUUCUUUACGUAAAUCAAUACCUGAUGCAAAUCUUGAACGUCGUUUAAAAAAUAUUAUGAAUACAUUAACAUUAAAUGUAUAUAAUUAUGGUUGUACGGGUAUAUUUGAAAAACAUAAAUUAUUAUUUUCAUUUGAUAUAACAAUAAAACUUGAACAAGAUCGUGAAAAUUUAGCACAAGAUGAACUAGAUUUUUUUAUUAAAGGAAAUUUAUCAUUAGAAAAAUCAAAACGUAAAAAACCAUACUUAUGGAUAUACGAUCAAUCAUGGGAAGAUUGUGUAAGAUUAUCAAGAGAUUUUAGUCAAUUUGCUACUUUACUCGAUGAUAUUGAACAUAAUGAACAAGCUUGGAAAAAGUGGUUCGAUAGUGAUGCACCAGAACAAGAAGAACAUUUUCCAAUGGAAUAUGGUCAACGUUGUACUGCAUUUCAAAAUUUAAUGUUAUUAAGAUGUUUUCGAGUUGAUCGUAUUUAUUUAGCUAUAACACAAUAUGUUACGAAAAUUAUGGGUGAUCAAUUUGUUACACCACCUGUUAUUCAUUUUGAAGCUAUUUGGGAACAAAGUACACCAUUAUCACCAAUUAUAUUUAUUUUAAGUCCUGGUAGUGAUCCAACAACUGAUUUACUUAAAUUAGCUGAACGUACAGAAUUUGGUGUUGGAAAAGUUAAAUUAUUAGCUAUGGGUCAAGGACAAGAAAAGAUUGCAAUUAAUCUAAUGGAACAAGCUGUUAGUCGUGGUUAUUGGUUAAUGUUACAAAAUUGUCAUUUAUUAGUUAAAUGGUUAGUUGAAUUAGAAAAACAUUUAGAUAAAUUAGCCAAACCACAUCCAGAUUUUCGUUUAUGGUUAACAACUGAACCAACACCAAAAUUUCCAAUUGGUAUAUUACAACGUUCACUCAAAGUUGUUACUGAACCACCUAAUGGCUUAAAACUUAAUUUACGUAAUACAUACUUUAAAAUACCUGGUCAAGCAUUUAAUGAUUGUCCAAGUGAUGCAUUUCAAUCGUUGGUAUUUGUUUUGGCAUUUUUUCAUGCUGUUGUACAAGAACGUCGAAAAUAUGAUAAAAUUGGUUGGAAUGUUUCAUAUGAUUUUAAUGAAUCAGAUUUUCGUGUUUGUAUGCAAAUUCUUGAUACAUAUUUAAGUAAAGCUGUUGCUAAUAAUGAUCCAAAAAUUCCAUGGGGUUCAUUAAAAUAUUUAAUUGGUGAAGUUAUGUACGGUGGUCGUGCUAUUGAUGAUUUUGAUCGACGUGUUUUACGUACAUAUAUGGAUGAAUAUAUGGGAGAUUUUAUAUUUGAUACAUUUCAACCAUACUAUUUUCAUCGUACAGAAGAUGUUGCUUAUUAUAUUCCAACAGCUAAUCAAGAACAAGCAUCAGCAGCUGGAUUACCAAUUAAAGAAACGGCACUAGAAUACAUCGAAUCAUUACCAUUAACAAAUACACCGGAAGUAUUUGGUUUAAAUCCGAAUGCUGAAAUUGGUUAUUAUACAAAAUCGGCAAGAGAUAUGUGGGAACAAUUAAUUGAAUUACAACCUCAAUCAGGUGAAGCAACUGGUGGAAUGAGUCGUGAUGAAUAUAUUGAUAAUACAGCAGAUGAUAUAUUAAAACGUAUACCAUCAGAAUAUAAUACAACCAAAGUUUGGAAAAAAUUUGGUGGUGAAGCUAUAUCACCAACAUCUGUUGUUUUAUUACAAGAACUUGAUCGUUUUAAUAAUUUAACAAUGACAAUGUCAAAAUCAUUAACAACAUUACGACGAGCAUUAAAAGGUGAAGUUGGAAUGUCAAAUGAAUUAGAUGAUUUAUCUCGAGCACUUUAUAAUGGACAAUUACCACCAAUGUGGAGACGUUUAACACCAGCAACAAAGAAAAAUCUAGCAACUUGGAUGGAUCAUUUUCUUCGUCGUAAUCGACUUUAUAGUGGAUGGAUUGAUGAUGGUGAACCAAAUGUUGUUUGGUUAUCUGGUCUUCAUAUACCGGAAUCAUAUUUAACUGCACUUGUACAAGCAACAUGUAGAAAAAAUGGUUGGCCAUUAGAUAAAUCAACAUUAUAUACACAAGUUACUCAAUGGGAAACACAAGAAGAUGUUAAUGAACGGGCUCAUCAAGGUUGUUUUGUUACUGGUCUUUAUCUUGAAGGUGCAUCAUGGGAUGUACAUAGAAGUUGUUUAACAAGACAAAAACCAAAAGUACUUAUACAAGAAUUACCAGUUAUGAAAGUUAUUCCAAUUGAAUCCCAUAAACUUAAACUUCAAAAUACUUUUCGAUGUCCAGUAUAUGUAACAAGUGAUAGACGAAAUGCAAUGGGUGUUGGCCUUGUUUUUGAAGCUGAUUUAGCAACACAUGAACAUAUCACUCGUACACAACGUUUGACGAAUUCAAAUUUUCAAGAUGAUAUGUUGAAGUUACAUAAUAAUUAUCGUGCACGUCAUUGUGCACCACCACUUGUUAUAAGUCAACGGUUAAAUCAAAUAGCUCAAUCAUAUGCUGAACACUUAGCAGCAACGUCAACGUUCGAACAUAGUGGAAAUAAAUUUGGAGAUGAACCAUUAGGAGAAAAUCUAUAUAUGCAAUGGAUAUCUGCUGGUCGAGUAAAAGCUUCUGCAAGAGAUGCAAUGAAAAGCUGGUAUGAUGAAAUAUCAAUGCAUAAUUUUCAACGUCCAAAAUUUUCACCAAAAACGGGUCAUUUUACACAAUUAGUAUGGAAAUCAUCGAAAAAACUGGGUGUUGGAAUAGCUUACUCACCUAAUGGCCAUGAAAUUUAUAUGGUAACUAAUUAUUAUCCAGCUGGAAAUAUUAUGGGUCCAGGCAUGUUUGAAAAAAAUGUUUUACUACCGAAUUGCUAA